AAGUCCGACUACUGGCAGUUACUAUAAACUGCAGAUCAUCGGCAUCAUUCCAUGCAGAAAGCACAUUUACAUUUAGGAUGACAACAAAAAUGGCAACAAGUACUUCAAGACUCAGCGGUGAAAGCGGCUCGUCUCCGUCGGCUAAGAAAACCAAGAAGUCCAUCUUAUCAACUUCAAAAUUGUCCAGUUCAAAACUAAAGAAAACAGAGCAAAAGAAAAGAAUGAUCCAGGACUUGGCUAGCCGUAUCCCAACCUGUGAGUAUUCUGCUGUUGUGGCCAUCGAUUUUGGUACCACAUACAGCGGGUACGCUUAUGCUUUCAGUUCUGACCCAACCAACGUUAGAGUGAUGGAUCCGCGGUACCUCGGUGUAAAAUCCAGUUAUUCCCCGGCACAGCAACCAACGGUACUAUUGUUAUCUGAAGAUGAAGAAUUCCACUCAUUUGGAAGCGAAGCACAAGAAUUUUACAGAGACCUGGACGAAGAGGAAUGUCUCAAGUGGUUGUAUUUCGAAAAAUUUAAAAUGGAACUACACACAAGAGAGAAUCUUUACGACGGCAUGGAACUGAUUGCUGCUAACGGACAAACAGUCUCAGCUUCUAAAGUCUUCGCUCAUGCUCUACGCUAUUUCAAAGUACUGAGCCAGAGAGAACUAAACGACCUAUCUACAUCUCCGCUACGAGUCUCUGAUGAUGACAUCCAAUGGGUCAUCACCAUACCUGCAAUAUGGCGACCGUCUGCAAGACAGUUCAUGAGGAAAGCUGCAAUUGAGGCUGGACUCGUUACAACUGCUAAUCCUAAGCAGCUCAUUCUAGCACUGGAGCCAGAAGCGGCUUCGAUAUAUUGUCAGCAGCUACAACUCCGCGAUUGCAUCCCACAAUCGCUGCAUGCUGAGACUCAACGAACCCCGUACCAAAUCUUUUCAUCUUCCUCCACCUCCUCUUCACCUUCAUCAUCACCAUCAGGUAGCCCUGGUCAUCCAUCAUCAGCCUCAUCUUCUCCUAGUCUAAGCAAUUCUUCAUCAAUAGAAGCACUACCAAGCUACUUACCAGCAACUAGCCUCCUCCCUGGUACCUCAUACAUGGUAGUGGACUGUGGUGGUGGGACUAUAGAUCUCACUGUUCAUUACGUCGAAGAGAAUGGGAGCCUCAAAGAGAUAUGUAAGUCCAGCGGAGGUGCCUGGGGAUCUAUUGGAGUCGACUGUCAGUUUGAGAUGAUGCUAGUCUCGAUAUUUACCGAGAAAUUGAUCCAGGAAUUCAUCGAUCAUCAUCCUGUGAGUUGGCUCGAGCUCAUGAAAGGUUUUGAAGCAAAGAAAAGAGCGUUUAAUCCUCUUAGACACCACGCCUCGAACAUCUCACUCCCAUUUGCACUCAUCCAACACUACACGAGUAAAACAAGACGAUCAGUAGAGCAAGCCAUUCGUAUGUAUGGUGACCCUGAUGUCCAAUGGUCGUCACAGGGGAUGCUUCGGCUACUAACACCAGCAAUGCUAAAGCUCUUUAAUCCGGUCAUAUCAACAAUAGUGAAGCACAUCCAAAGAAUCCUAUCACACUCAUAUCUUUCACAACAUGUCAUAAAAUAUCUAUUUCUAGUCGGUGGGUUUGCCGAGUCCCCUGUACUCCAAUCGGCCAUUCGUGACGCCUUUGGUUCUUCAAUGAAUAUAGUAAUACCUCACGAUAUGAGUUUAUCAAUACUAAAAGGUGCUGUACAAUACGGGCUCAAUCCCAGAGCUAUUAACAUCAGGCGAUCCGUCCUCACGUACGGAGUUGCAUGUCUGCACAAGUUUGAUCCAAGCAUUCACCCGAUUGAGAAGAAAGUGUCCAAAGAUGGGACCGAUUGGUGUACUCAGAUAUUUGACGUUUUCGUACGAACGGACCAACCGAUCCCUCAAGGCCACAGCAUCACGCGAUCUUACAAACUAGCUCGUUCGUCUCUCCAAUCAACAGUACUUACUCUAUUUGCGUCGCAGAAUAAAGACGUGAGGUACGUCACUGAUCCUGGCGUCAAGAAAAUCGGCGAGCUACACCUUGGCCUCCCCUCUCCAACUCAUUCUUCCGGUCCCGAGGGCAAACUGCGUGAAGUGAGCAUGACUAUGACUUUUGGUGAUACUGAGAUAUCAGUAAAAGGUAGAGAUCCUGAUAGCGGACAUACUGCUCUUGUACAAAUUGACUUUUUGUGUAAAAAAUAGAAUCAUCGUGUCGCAUUAUUGACUGAGAGGUAUGGAGGAACAUAAUAGCCUGUCUCAUUUUGUGUGUUUGUGUGUGUUUAUUGAAACUUUGUAAUUUUUUAUUUUGUAUUAAAAAUCAUUAUUAUCAUUGUUACAUAUAUAUUGAUGAGUUAAAACUUA